ACCAGCAGCUCCUCCCCUGGGCUCUGCUCGCUGCUUGGCUGGACCUGCACUGUGCAGACCUCGCCUGUGAGCGGACUGGGAAAUCAGCUGGAGAAAAGCGUCCUCAGAGCCAGCCCAGCAGCUGAAUGGACUCGGAGAGGACACGACCGCAGCUCUGAGCAGACUCCCGAGCUGUGCCACACGCAGGAGGAGCGGUUCUGGUCGGCGUGGAGCUGAAAAUGCCAGAGGCUGCUGCCAGCGUGCUCCUGCUCCGCGCUGGCCUGGCGCUGCUCGCCUGGCCUGUCUACCUGCUCUCCUUCCUGGGCAUCUGGGAGCCCUUCUGCAGGAAGGUCUUCUUCCCUUUCUUCUUAGAAAAGCUUUCUGGAGUUCGAGACAAGAAAUUCAAGCAGCACAAGCAGGAGCUGUUCCGCACCCUGCCCCACUUCAGGGGUCCCUCCGGGGAGCUGCGGCUGCUGGAGAUCGGCACCGGCAGCGGCUCCAACUUCCAGUUCUACCCAGCGGGCUGCAGGGUCACCUGCACCGACAUCAGCCCCAGCUUCCAGGAGGGGCUCUGCAGGCAGGUGGGGAAGAACGGGCACCUGCGCUUCCAGCGGUUCCUGGUGGCCGCGGGGGAGGACCUGGGCCAGGUGCCCAGCGGCUCGGUGGAUGCUGUGGUCUCCACGCUGGUGCUCUGCUCCGUGCGCAGCGUCAGCGGCACCCUCGGCGAGGUGCUCCGGGUGCUGCGGCCGGGAGGAGCUUUCUAUUUCUUGGAGCACGUGGCCGCCGAGCCUUCCAGCUGGACGUAUUUUUGGCAGCAAGUCUGCUUCCCAACUUGGAAACUCGUCUUUGCUGGCUGCUGCCUCACCAGAGAGCUGUGGAAGAAUCUGGAAGAGGCCAAGUUCUCCGAGCUGAGGGUGCAGCACAUCAGCGUGCCCAUGCCCUGGAUGCCCAUCGAGCCACACAUCGUGGGCUAUGCGGUGAAGUAACACCCGUCCUGCCAAAAUUUUUGUGUUCCCCCCCCCUCCCAAAAAUUCCUCGUGGUGACCCACGCACCCUGCACGGCACAGGGUUCCAUCAGCAACACAGUGAAAGACUUGAGUCAGAAACCAAAUAGGUGAGAAGGCCAAUUUCCUGAAUCACACCACCAACAAAGCUGGGAAAGCCCUUUUGGAGCAGAGGCCAGCAGGUAACUCGGCACCAGCAGCGUGCUCACCACGAAACCACGUCCCCACGGUUUUUGAACACUUCCAGGGGUGGUCACUCCACCCCUACCUGGCCAGCCCGGGCCUUUCCUUCCCUGAAGAAAUCUUUGUCUUACCUAAUUAAACCUCCCCGGUACACCUUGAGGCUGUCUCCUUCCCGAAGCCCUGGCACUGCUGACCUUGCCUUGCUAGAGCUCAGCGCAGCCAGGGAGGAUCCCAGGAGACAAAAACCAGCCUGGGAAGCAGAAAAUAAAUGUAUUAAUGGAAGGGGA